AUGGAUGAUUGUUCACGAUCAAUGGAAACUGCCGAGAAGGCACUCCAUCUGAUACAAGAUUUGAAAGCAGUAUGUCAGAAGGGUGGAUUUAAUCUCACAAAGUGGAUUUACAAUGAUAAAGCUGUUUUGGCACAGAUCCCAAAGGAGGACAGGGCAAAGGGUAUAAAGGAUUUAGAUCUUGAAAAUUCUCAACUACCAACAGAACGAGCCUUGGGUCUUAGAUGGGAUGUUAAAAGAGACUCAUUCGGAUUUAAAGUUGGCAAGUUCAAAACCGAAGCCAAGAGAAGGUCAAUCUUGUCUGCUGUCAGCACCAAUUAUGAUCCCUUAGGUUUCAUAGCACCAGUAACCGUAUCAGCUAAGAAUGUUCUUCAGGAUUUAUGUAGACUCAAACUAGACUGA